CUUGUUUGUCAACAAUUCUUGAUUUCCAAUCAACAAAUUUUGCAAAGUUCAAAUAAUAAAAAAAAAAUAUUUGAGAGACAUUUUAGCAUUGCAAAGUCAGCUGCCAGAAAUUUUCUUUAAAACCAAUGUUCCCAGAGUGCGAAGCGUACACCGACGAAAGCGGAUUGAUAAUUUUAUGAGGUCCCUACAAGAAGGAGGAAACGAACAUCUUUAUUAUGUGUAGUUUCGCAUGGGUAAAAACUCUUUCAAUUUGGUUUGUAAAAAACUGGUGUCCUUAUCUUCCAUGUCCGAAGGUAUAUGUGACAGCACCGUUGCCGAUUCCUAAGCAAGUUACAAAAACUUGCUUCGUGCGCAAAAAAGUACUGUGCAUAAGUACUUCAAUCUCGUGGUUAAAGCAAUACUACAGCUUCGAAAGGAAUAUUUAUAUUUUCCAAAAUUAGAAGAAGCAAAAACCAUUGCUACUGCCUUUGAAAAAAUGACUAAAAUACCCAAUAUUAUUGGCGCAAUUGAUGGAACACAUAUUCCAGUGUUGCUUCCCAGCGAUGGGUACAAAGAGUACAUAAACCAAAAAGGUUGGCCGUCAAUAGUUAUGCAAGCAGUAGUUGAUAAUAACUAUUUGUUUCGUGAUGUAAGUGUUAAAUUACCAGGCAGCUACCAUAACGUUGACGUUUUUAAAGAGUCAAGGCUUUACAAAUAUGCUAAACAAGUGAUUCCAACAUACACUACUGAUAUCAAUGGACUAUCGAUACCGCUAAUGAUAAUUGGAGAUGUUACUUAUCCAUUGCUGUCGUGGUUUAUUAAACCAUAUACUGAUUGUCUAAAUCCUGAAAAAGAGUCAUUUAACUAUCAUAUUAGAUUAGGAAAAAUUUUUGUAGAAAUGGCAUUUGGUAGAUUAAAAGGUUGCUGGCAAUGCCGUUUAAAAAUAAUGGACAUUGACCCAGAGUUCCUGCCUUUUGUUGCUUUGGCGUGUUCGAUAUUGCACAACUUUGUGGAAAGAAAAAAUGAAACAUUUUUAGAUACUUGGUCUUUGGAUAUGCAGAAUGAAAUCGAAUUUCCCCAACCACAAGAUGAUAUACGUAAUGAAAUUAUAGCAGAAGAAAAUAGCGAUUUAAAGCAUAUGC